AUCCACGCCAAAUUCAAACUUGUACAGUUCAAACGUCCUAAGCAGCAGUUCCUUUUACCGCCAGAGGUGGCAGUAUCGGCUGAAAAUGUGUCUGUAAGGAGAAGAACAUCAACAACACCAUGGGGGCUGUUACUGAUGAUGAAGUUAUAAGAAAGCGUCUUCUCAUUGACGGCGACGGAGCUGGAGAUGACCGCAGAAUCAACCUCCUGUUGAAGAGCUUCACUAAAUGGUGCAACUCUCCUGGGAGCCCUGAGGAAGGAUUUACCCAGUAUCAGAGGAUGCUGGGAACUCUGGCUCAGUGUGAGUUUUCUAUGGGGAAAACGUUGAUGGUUUACGACAUGAAUCUUCGGGAAAUGGAGAAUUACGAGAAGAUUUACUCAAACAUAGAGCAAAACAUCACGUCCGCUCAUGACAAGAUUGCAGAAUGCAAAAAGGAAAUACAGAGAGCGAAGAGAAUACGAAAAAAUCGACAAGAAUAUGAUGCUUUGGCAAAGAUAAUACAGCAGCAUCCGGAUCGGCAUGAAACCCUCAAGCAGCUGGAGGCAUUAGACAAAGAACUCCAACAUUUGUCUCACAUUAAGGAGAAUGUGGAUGCAAAGUUGGAGUUGAGGAAGAAGCAGUUCCAUGUUCUUCUCACCACCAUUCAGGAGCUACAGCAGACACUUGAAAAUGACGAGAAGUCAGACAACGAUGACCAAAGUCAGGAGAGCCCUGCACAGAACGGAGAAUGAAAUCUUUCUAGAUUUUUAACGGAACUGAUUUUAAGAAGUCCUCUUUUUUUUUUUUGUAUGUACUUUUUGAAUAAACUUGACUUUCACAUA